AUGGAGGAGAUAUGGCCUCUGGAAGCUUCGGGUCUAACGACCCGACCCCCAGAUGAACCAGGUCAAGUUGACCCGAUUGGAGUGUUAUAUAUUUUGGAAGAACAAGAUGCUGUUGAGCCACUAAUUGUGGUCAUGGCCAAGCCUGAGCACCUUAGAGAGAUAGCCAACAUGAUUCGUGAACUUAAAGAAGUCGGGCAUGAUCUUUCUGAUGAACACUUCUUGGAUUUGCAUGAUAAUAACUUCAAUGCUAUUCAUAUUCCACCACUUCAUGGUUAUUAUUCCAGCAAUCAAAGAUCUCACAACAUGUCAAACAUUACUCUCCACAAUAGCACAAACUUCUCCAAUCUUCGUUUCCUUGACUUAUCAUAUAAUUUUGACCUCCAAAUCGAUGAUCUUAGAUGGGUUUCACAGUUAUCUUUUCUGAAUAAUCUUGACCUCAGCUAUGCUGAUCUCUCUGAGGAAACUCAUUGGCUUCAACGGAUUAUAAUGAGCCCUUCACUUGUGGAGUUACGGCUAAGUUAUUGUUUCCUGAAUGAUAUUCAGCCACAUCUUGGGUAUGUCAAUUUUACUUCCCUCGAGGUACUUGAUAUUUCUGACAAUGAUUUUCUUCCUGAGGUACCCAAAUGGCUAUUUAAUCUCAGUAAUAGCAUUUAUUCUUUAGACCUUAGCUUCAAUAAUUUUAGAGGUCAAGUGCCUAAAGAAAUGUCAAAUUUUCAACAUCUGAAAUCCUUACUCUUGGGUCACAACAAUUUCAAUGGAUCUAUUCCAGAUUGGGUGGGAGAAUACAAAGAAUUAGAGCAUCUAGAUCUUUCAUGCAAUUCAUUUUCUGGUCCAAUUCCUGAAACCCCGGGAAAUCUAUCAUCAUUGGCAUAUAUGGAUGUUGGACACAAUAAACUAAGUGGAAGCCUUCCAAAAUCUCUUGGGAUCUAUUUCUCUGUUCUUAUGUCAAACUGUGAUGGGGAAUACAAUGAAGUUGAGGGUUUUAGGAAUGAGAGCAUACCAAAAGACAUUGGAAGUAUGCAAAAUUUAGAGAGUCUUGACCUUUCAGUAAACCAGUUAAGUGGUGAAAUUCCUCAGAGCAUGGUUAGGCUAUACUUUCUAGCGGUAUUGAACUUGUCCUAUAAUAAUAUGAGCGGAGAAAUUCCAAUUCGCAACCAGUUUUCAACUUUUGAUAACAGUAGUUAUUCGGGCAAUCCUUAUUUUUGUGGAGGUCCUCUUCAAAAGAGUUGUUCGUCAAGUUUUAACCUUAGCAAUUCACAAGAUGAACUCCCCAAUAAUUCACAAGAUGAAAUACCCAAUGAGAAGAAACAGCACAGCAAAAAAGGCAGUGAUGAUGAAUUUGCAAAGUGGUUCCAUGUGGGCGUGGCAAUUGGAUUUGCUUAUGGGUUUUGGGGAGCAUGUCUCGUUCUUUUCUUCGUUCCAAGAUGGACACAUGCCUUUCUUCGGUUCCUCAGUAAUAUGAAUGACCGAAUUUACGUCUUUACGGUCUUGAAUGACCUUGAAGGGCUAUGGGAUCCUUGA